AUGUCUCUGCUAGGAUACGCCAGCGACUCUGACGAAGAUGCCAACUCGCAAUUGAGGCUUGCUCUUGCGCCUACUUCAGAGAGCCAGGAGGAGCCAGAAACACAAAAAAGAAACAAAAGAUUAUACGAACAGGGACCAAACGAUUCAGAAAAUGAGAAUCCCAAGUCCCGAAAACAGCGUGCAAAAGAAUUGAAAAAACGUCGGAAGAAUAAAGGAGAUCCAAAAGAACUGGACGGUGAAAAUGCGUACAGAGGACCUUGGGCCAGCUACAGCGAGAGCGAAGACGAUAGUCAACUAGAGGAAGAAGAAGUGCAGGUACCAUUAGAAGCAGCGUCUGAGAACGGAUCAGAAGAAGAACAGCCCGAGGAAGAGACCACCACCUUCUACGGUGACUCGCAAUAUGAUUAUCUCGGGAGAACGUAUAUGCACGUUCCUAACGACGUGCCAACCAACUUACAUAAAGAGCCAGGAAGCCAGCGCUGCUACGUGCCGAAAAGGAAGAUACACACAUUUGCCGGACACGCGCGAGGUGUCCAAUGCCUGCAAUUCUUUCCUAAUAGUGGCCAUUUGCUGCUUACCUGUGGAAACGACUCGUCAAUCAAAUUAUGGGAUGUGUAUCAUAAACGAAAACUGCUUAGAGGAUUCUAUGGACACAUGAAGCCUGUGAAAUGCGUGACAUUCAAUUCCUCGGGGUCACACUUUUUGAGUUGCUCGUACGACGAAACAGUCAAGCUGUGGAACACAGAGACCGGCAAGUGCGGAUUCAGAAAAAAACUGGAUGGUAUUCCCAACGUUGUCAGAUUUAUCCCCAACAAUGACAACGAAUUUCUGGUUGGCAUGUCCAACAAAAGAAUUGAUCAUUAUGAUUUGAGAACUGGCGACGUGAUCCAGUCGUACGAGCACCAUACAGACGCCGUCAACGGUCUCGAGUUCAUUAACGAUGAGGACAAUUUUGUGUCUUCGUCGAGCGACAAGUCGCUGCGCAUUUGGGAAGUUAAAGUCAACAUGCCCGUAAAACUCAUAGCCGACCCCAAACAGUUCUCCAUGCCGUUUUUGAAAGUUCACCCUAGAGGUUUCGCGUUUGUCGCACAAUCAUCCGACAACACCAUCCAAACAUUUGCAGCCAGUGCCGAAGAGAAGUUCAAGCGAAACAGAGAAAAAACCUUCACUGGCCACAACUCUGCCAAUUACUCCAUCGGGCUGCAGUUUACACCGGACGGGAGAACGUUAAUGAGCGGCGACUCGCAUGGGUUUGCAUUUUUCUGGGACUGGAGGUCCACAGAACUGAUCUCUAAGCUCAAGGUCAGCUCCAAGCCGAUAACCUGCAUCGAUUCACAUCCUCAAGAAAGUAGCAUGGUGGCUCUCGCAGGAGCCGAUGGGAAGGUGUAUUUGUACGAUUGAUGUGUAAUUUCUUCAUGCAUAGAACGAAACGGACUUGUUUUUCCUCGAUUGCACUUCGCUGAUACCUUCCACGAAGUCUUCGUGCUUGAUAACAGACUGUCCGUUUCUCAAUGCAAUCAUUCCUGCCUCUACAGUCACAGCCUUCAGCUGUGCACCAUUGAACUCGUCUGUAGAUCUGGCUAGUUCUUGCCAGUUAACGCUAUCAUCACAGGUCAUCUUUCUUGCGUGAAUUUGAAGGAUUUGGGCUCUGGCCUCCUCGGAUGGCAGCGGGAACUCGAUCUUACGGUCCAGCCUACCCGAUCUUAGUAAGGCAGGGUCCAAAGUAUCCACUCUGUUGGUGGCAGCCAAGACCUUGACUCGGUCGUCGGAGUCAAAACCGUCCAGCUGGUUAAGCAACUCCAACAUGGUUCUCUGCACUUCUCUGUCACCAGACUUAUCAGAGUCAAAUCUCUUAGUUCCUAUGGCGUCCAGCUCAUCGAUGAAAAUAAUAGUUGGCGAUUUCUCCUUGGCUAGCUCGAACGCAUCCCGCACCAGCUUGGCUCCAUCACCAAUAAACAUUUGAACCAGCUGAGGAGCAGCCAGUUUCAAAAAUGUAGCAUUCGACUGCGCGGCACAUGCUCUUGCGAGCAAAGUUUUGCCCGUUCCUGGAGGUCCAUACAUCAAAGCGCCCUUAGGUGGCUUAAUUCCCAGGUUUUUAAACUUCUCGGCCUGCUGCAUUGGCAGCACAACGGCCUCAACCAGUUCCUCAACCUGCUUAUCUAACCCACCAAUGUCUGCAUAGGUCUCUGUAGGUUUUUCGUCCACCUCCAUGGCCUUCACUCGAGAAUCGUAUUCUGCGGGCAAUUGAUCCAAGAUCAGAUACGAAUCCUUAUUCACGCCGACAAGAUCACCAGGCUUCAAUUUUUCUGGCUCCACCAACCCGAUCAGCGGCAAAAAAACAGUUUGUCUCGUGGAUGUCUUGAUAACGGCCGAUUUACCCACUCUGGCAGCAUCCAAAUCAACAUUGGCACCUUCCUCAUUGGCCUCCGCCUCCGCCUCCAUGUCUAAUAACUCAACCACAUUACCCACCAAGUACGGGAGUUGCUUGUUAUUUUUAAUUUUCAGCUUGUUGUCCUCGAUCUUUUGAAGCAUGGCGAUUUUCUCGUGCUGGAGACGAAGCAGUUCAGAUCUGAACAAACGAAUCUCGUUCUCCAUCAUUUUCGUCCUAUUGAUAAUGUCACCGGUCGACAAGUUCAAGAUCUCUUGGUCGAUCUCCAAUUGCGGUUCGUUUUCCAGCUCCUCCAGU